CAUAAAAACCUGCAAAACCAUGUGUGGCGGCAAGCAUGGCGAGGAUGCCAUGAAGAGCUCGGGAACACUGCGAGAGUACAAGGUGGUGGGGCGCUGCCUGCCCACCCCCAAAUGCCACACACCACCCCUCUACCGAAUGAGGAUCUUUGCGCCUAAUCACGUUGUCACUAAGUCGUGCUUUUGGUACUUCGUGUCUUAGUUGAAGAAGAUGAAGAAGUCUUCAGGAGAAAUUGUCUACUGUGGGCAGAUGUUCGAGAAAUCCCCUCUGCGAGUGAAGAACUUUGGCAUCUGGCUUCGCUAUGACUCCCGCAGUGGCACCCACAAUAUGUACCGAGAGUACCUAGACCUGACCACCGCGGGUGCGGUCACCCAGUGCUACCGAGAUAUGGGUGCCCGACACCGUGCCCGGGCCCACUCCAUCCAGAUCAUGAAGGUGGAGGAGAUAGCUGCAAGCAAAUGCCGCCGGCCAGCAGUCAAGCAGUUCCACAACUCGAAGAUCAAGUUCCCACUGCCCCACCGGGUUCUGCGUGGCCAGCACAAACCACGCUUCACCACCAAGAGGCCCAACACCUUCUUUUAGAUGCAAGGCCCUCUCCAUCUUGGCUCUGCACAAAUAAAGUCCUGGGAAACCCGGGUGCUCACCAAAAAAAAACAAAAAACCCUGCAAAA